AUGUUUUCAACAAAUCCCAAUUAUACAAAACUUAAAACUCAUCUAAGAUUGGCUAUAAAUCGCCUGAAAUUAUUAGAGAAGAAGAAAACAGAAUUAGCACAAAAGGCUCGUAAGGAAAUUGCGGAAUAUAUAGCUGCUGGUAAAAGUGAACGUGCAAAGAUUCGUGUUGAACAUAUAAUCAGAGAAGAUUACAUGGUAGAAGCUAUGGAAAUAGUUGAAAUGUAUUGUGACCUGAUUCUGGCAAGAUUUGGUCUGGUCACUCAGAUGAAAGAACUUGAUGAUGGUUUAAGUGAAGCUAUAUCCACUCUCAUAUGGGUUGCACCAAGAAUGCACACUGAUGUCCAGGAACUAAAGAUUAUAUCAGAUUUGUUGACAGCAAAAUAUGGUAAAAUUUAUGCAGAUGCUUGUAGGGGUGAAAAUGUGAAUACCAUCAGUGAAAAGUUGAAGCACAAGAUGUCUGUGCAAAGUCCACCAAAAAUAUUGGUAGAAAAGUAUUUAAUUGAGAUAGCAAAGAACUAUAAUGUUGAGUAUACACCGGAUGAACAAGUCAUGAGAGAGGAAGAAGGUCGGGAUGCAAUGCUGAUUGAUAUCAAUGGUCCACCGAAUCCACCAGGAUUCAUUGGAUAUCCAUCACAACAACCAAUGCCACAAAUGCCAUCUUUACCUCCACCCACUGUGACGCCAUUUAACUAUCCAUCGGUACCAUCGGGAGGUAAGGUAGGAGGAUUCAUAGCAACUCUGAGUUAUGGUGAACCGAGCAAACAAAAUUACAAUAUUCCCCCAGGAGUAGAUUCAAGAAACUUAAAUAAUAGUUUCUUACAGGAGGAAAUGCACAAUCUACCUCCCGCUUAUGACAGCAUUGCGCACGAUAUGCCGGCUCACGUACCAACCCCGCAGCCACGUCGCGUACAACCAACCAAUUAUUUCCCCGAGCUUCCUGAGUUGCCGUCUGUACCAUCAGAUUUGAUUCUACCGUCUGUACCACACAGCAACAACUCAAAUACAACAAAUCAAAAUAACGAUAGCUCUGCACCUGAUGAAAUAGAUUUCGAAGAUCUGAACCGUAGAUUUGAGGAAUUGAAGAAGAAAAAAUAG